AUGUUGGGAAAGGCCUUGUGGUGGACCUCGUGGGUCCUAAGCUGCCGGGCGGACUGCGUUGCGAAGGGAGGGGAGUGCCUGGACACGGCCCGCGAUUCUGCGGCCAGCUGGGUUCAGAUGAAGGUCGGGAUUGCGGAAGCCACCAAGGCGAAAGCCACCAAGGCGAAGGGGAUGGAUGAGAACGGGUACUUCUACACGAAGAGGGGCGGCGACGUCAUGGGCACCAACACCAUAGCCUGGUCCGUUCCGCAGGAUUUCUCGCAGCCCGCGUGGACAUGGAACAACGAGCUUGACGAGCAAAUCCGCCAUUCCCCGCUGCUUGAUGACAAGAAGAACAUCUACGUAGCCGGAACAACGCGGUUGAGAAAGUUCAGCCCGGAUGGAAAGAUGCUAUGGCUGUUUCAACAGGACGAGCCGGGCCACACGUCUCCCACCAUGGGCAAUGGAGUGAUCUACUUUCGCGUGGGCUGUGGCCUUGGCCACAAUCGCGUCUAUGCUCUCAGCAUGGAGACAGGCGAGGUGUUAUUCAACAAGACCGUGACAGGCUUCGACUAUGCUCAUCAACACUAA